GGCUCCAUCCUGCGCCGCUGGAAGAGGAACUGGUUCGUGCUCUACCUGGACGGCAGCUUGGUCUACUACCACGACGAGACGCAGCGCGACAUGGACGGCCGCAUCCACGUCAAGUACAGCUGCCGCGACGUGAGGACCGGCCGCGAGUGCCGUGACGUGCAGCCCCCCGAGGGGAAGAGCCGCGAGUGCCUGCUGAGCGUGGUGCUGCGGGACGGCUCCAAGACCACGCUGUGCGCCGAGAGCGAGGACGACGCCGUCGCUUGGAAGAUGGCCGUGCUGGAGGCGAAAUCCACCCCGGUGAGGCUCCCGCUGCCCUCGUCCCCCCAAAAGCGGCGACACCGCACGGGUUUGGG